CGGGUCACCAUGUCCCCGGGUGGCGGCCGGGGCUUGGUUCGCCUGCUGCUGAUCACCUGCGCGAUGGCCGGGCCGUCCCUGAGCCAGGAGUGUUCGGCGGAGAGAAUGGAGAAUUCCAUCAUCGACAUAGACUUGUCCCUGCCCCGGGGUGUCCGGGGCGCGGAGCCGCUGCGCGUCCCCGGUGCGGGCGCUUGUGUGCGCGCCUGCUGCUCGGGGCACAGCCUCGCAGGAGACAAGAAGUGUAAUUUGGUAAUUUUUUAUGCUGGAAGAACAAGAGCACAUCCAAACUGCUACCUGUUUCACUGCCCUACCACAGACGCUUGUCUGAUGAAACCUGCAAAAGGACUUGUGAGCUACAGGAUAACCACAGACACCCGUGCCCCAGAGGAUAAAUCCAUCAAAACUGAGAACUUUUCUUCAAAUGAGUAUUCUUUGUCUUCGGAUGCAGAAGCCUUUUUUUCUCACAGUCAGGACAGCCCUCAGAAUCCUACUGCCACUUUGCAACAAUCGGUGUUUCAUCAGGCAUCUGAACUCGUGAACCACAUAGGCAAGCAUUUAGACAACAUUGAAUUUCAUACAGAUUUUCCCGAAUCUCAAAGGGCAGAACAGUCAGAGAGCUUAGAUUCCAUUCCAAGGGAGAAAGAAAUUAACCUGCCACCAAACAUGUUUUCUGCUGUUCAGACUGGAAAUCCCACUGCUUCAUUCCCCACCACUCAGUCUGGUGCUCCUGAAACCAGCAGCGCUGCUCUUCCUCCUCUGCCUGCAAGUACCGCCCAGCUGGAAUUUCAUACGACCCCUCUGCAUCCUCGUGUUGCUAAACCUGCCAUCACCCCCACCACAGCUACCUCUCCUCCUGCCACAGCCUCUGCAGCUAAACCUGGUACCCCUGUCACCAGCAUCGCUGCUGGUCCUCUUUCCACUCCCACAACUUCUACGACCAAGCGAGUGACCCCAAACUCCAGACCUGCUGCUGCUCCAUCAGGGCUCAGGACUCCAGCCGUGUCUCCUGAGCCAACAGCUCUCUCUCGCAAUCACAUCAGCCACGGAACCCUCCCCUCUUUUUCAGAUUCCAUUCUCUCUGCUGGCGGUUCCCCCGCAUCUCCCCAAAACGACCUUCAGGGUGAUGACGCGCCUGACUCAGAAAUCCACCUGUCAGAGGGUGUUCUGGGAGGGAAAGGUGCUGUUCAGCUGGGGGAGAAAAGCAGCCUUGUGGCAGCUUUGCUUUUUGGGGUGGUGUUCUUGUUGCUAGUUAUUGCGCUGACAGGGAAGAAAAUCCACGAGUCUCUUCAGAAGAGGCAUUAUACCAGGCUGGAUUACCUGAUCAAUGGAAUGUACGCUGAUGCCUGAUGGGGAGAGGGAAUAACAUUUUAGGGAGCACCUCAUUUUUGAGAGGGCAACUCUGAAAUGGAACAGUAGAUGCUGAAAUCUCAGAAGAGGAUGGAUUCCUUUUCUCUCCUCUAAUAGAAAAGCAGAAGGCGGGAUAUGGGUUUGGUGGGGAAAAGAAAUUGCUCUUUCUAUGCUGAACUAUAACGUCUAUCAUUUUUGAUUUAUACUAAAUCCUGAAAAUAAACACUCAAAUCCAAGUUAAUCUAAGAAGGUCUUAUAUUUAAGGAGAAAAAGCAUUCCAUGAGCUUAAUUUGUACCGUGACAAGAUUAGUGAAAUAGAAGUUUUAUAAUAAAUUGAGUACCUGUGCA